AUGGGCUCUUUGGGAAUACUUUGUUUUUUAAUCUUCCUGGAGAAAAGUUGGGGACAGGACCCAACAUAUGUCAUUUCAGCACCAAAAGUAUUCCAUGCUGGGACAUCUGAAAAUGUUGUAAUUCAAGUUUACGGCUACUCUAAAGCAUUUGAUGCAACGAUCUCUAUAAAAAGUUAUCCAGAUAAAAAUUUUAGUUAUGAUUCAGGCUCUGUUCAUUUAUCUCCAGAAAAUAAAUUCCAAAACUCUGCAAUCUUAACAGUACAACUUGUACAAUUUUGUGAAGGACAAAACUCAGUUUCAUAUGUGUAUUUAGAAAUUGCAUCAAGCUACUUUUCUAAGUUGCAAAAAAUUCCAAUAAUCUGUGAUAAUGCGUUUCUCUCCAUUCAAACAGAUAAAUCUGUGUAUACUCCAAACCAGUCAGUAAAGGUUCGAGUUUAUUCAUUGAAUGAUGAAAUGAAGCCAUCCAAAAGAGAUACAAUUUUAACUUUCAUAGAUCCCCAAGGAUCAGAAGUGGACAUCAUAGAAGAAAAUGAUGAUACUGAAAUUUUCUCUUUUCCUGACUUCAAGAUUCCACCUAAUCCCAAGUGUGGUGUAUGGACGAUUAAAGCUAAAUAUAAAGAGGACUUUUCAACAACUGGAACCACACACUUUGAAAUUAAAGAAUAUGAUGAAUCUAAGGAAAUUCUCAGGCCCAGAAGAGAUCUGCAGCAGAAAAUAAAAGAAAAAG